GGAUCAUCUUUUUUGUAAGAUCUUUAUAAUCAAAUACACAAAGCAAGGUCUCUAGAAGACUGCUACUAAUAAUGUGAGAGAAAAUGGGGGACUGGAAUUUGUUGGGGAGCAUCUUAGAAGAGGUCCACGUUCAUUCGACCAUUGUGGGGAAAAUCUGGCUCACCAUCCUCUUUAUCUUCCGGAUGCUUGUACUUGGUGUUGCAGCAGAGGAUGUUUGGGACGAUGAGCAAAGCGAGUUUGUCUGCAACACAGAGCAGCCAGGCUGCAAGACUGUCUGCUACGACCAGGCUUUCCCUAUCUCCCUCAUACGCUACUGGGUCCUGCAGAUCAUCUUUGUGUCCUCUCCCUCACUGGUCUACAUGGGCCAUGCUCUGUAUCGCCUGAGAACCCUUGAAAAAGAGAGGCACAGAAAGAAGGCCUGCCUGAAGGCAGAGCUGGAGGGGGCAGAUGCUGACCAGGAGGACCACAAGAGAAUCGAGCGGGAGCUCAGGAAGUUAGACGAACAGAAGAAAGUCAGGAAAGCUCCGCUCAGAGGAUCAUUGCUGCGCACGUAUGUUUUUCAUAUCCUGACCAGGUCUGUGGUGGAGGUGGGUUUCAUCAUUGGUCAGUGUGCUCUUUUUGGCAUUGGACUAUCUCCUCUGUACAAGUGUGAGAGACUGCCGUGCCCCAACAGUGUUGACUGUUUUGUGUCGAGGCCUACAGAGAAAAAUAUUUUCAUGGUGUUCAUGCUUGUCAUUGCCGGAGUGUCUUUGUUUCUCAACCUUCUGGAGAUUUUCCAUCUGGGUGUGAAGAAGAUCAAGCAAAUCCUUUAUGGAUACAAAUAUGGAGAUGAUGACAGUGUCUGCAGGUCAAAGAAAAAUUCUAUAGUGCAGCAGAUUUGUGUUCUCACUAACUCCUCACCACAAAGGCUGAUCCAGCUAACUCAAGUUGCCAGUCCUGUUACAUCAGAUCCUUACAAGGAUGCUCAAAGAGAUGUGCUGCCUUGUAACUUGGUUGCAGCAGGUUGCCAGAAUACAGAAGGCAUGAACAUCUCACAGCAGCGUCCUGCACAGACGUUCCGGCCGAGCCAAGGUGACAUCCAGCUUUUGAGACAACUGGGGGCUGUGGAGCGGCGGCACACUCUGGAGAACAGAAAACCGUCCUUCAGCAGCGAUGAGUCAAACGGACCUCAUUGCUUGGGCAAGCCUCACUAUGCAGGACCGCGAGCAACGCUGGUGGCCAGCCACAUUGAGAUCCCAGCUGCCCUGAGGAUCCCUCAGAGGAAGCAGAGUAAAGUCAGUGUCUGCAAGGAACUCAGUGACAUGAGUGAUUCUCCAGAGAGCGACCACUAUCCCACAGCCAGGAAGUGCAGCUUUAUGUCCCGAGGACUGUCAGAGGCCAAGCUUGCCAGUCCGUCUGACAGCGACGCCUCUCAGAGUGGAACAGAUACCGAGGCCCAGCACUUCAACCAGGGGGAAAGCCCAGUGAUGACCCCACCACCCCCUGCCUCUGGGAGGAGGAUGUCCAUGAGCAUGAUUCUAGAGUUGUCUUCAAUCAUGAAGAAGUGAACCAGAAACAUCCAUGUUGGCGUGAGGCCAGAGGCACUGAGGACUUCUGUAGACAUAAGCACUCACAUCAUGUUUCACCUCAUUUCUAGUUUCAGUGUAACUUUCACCAUCUGAUGGUAUU